AUGAAGAGGUAUGAAAAAAUUAGUUUUAACCCUAAAAUCUUAAUUGGAUCACUUUUACAAAGUGGUUCAACAACUUCUACUUCACUUGCUUCUUCCUUGCUUAACGGUGAUUCAGAGGACAUCUUUGGUAAAACUAGAAUUGAUGAACGGAAGAAACGUGUGGAAGAAAUUACUCCUAAAAAACCUCCAAGGAGUCGACUCCAUGAAGGCUAUACUCAGCCAAGGAGAAUCAACUUUAUCUCUAAGCCAACUAUAGUAGAACCAGUUUUAGUUCAAUUAGAUAACCAUACUCUAAACAUCUCUCCUAUUCUAAAAAAGUCUGAGUCAAGUACUUCUAAAGAAGAAAUAGUAUCAGAUACUAGUGAAUAUGAAUUAGAUUCAAUCUGGAAGUUGGAUAAAGAAAGAAGUAAUGAAGGCACUACAAAAGAAAGAGAAAGAAAUCAAAAUAAAAUAUGUACAAAACAAGAAAUAAGAAGAACAGUAAAAAAAAGAAUUGAAAAGUUAAGAAAAGGACAUCGAAGACGAGUAACUUUAUGGAGAGCAGUCCCAUAUUACUGCUAUAGAUGGGGGAUGACAGAAGAAGAAUUAUUAGAUGAUAUUGAACAUAAUAAGUAUAUCUGUUUUACAAAGUAA